GGUAAGACUUGUGAAUGGGUAGACGUUUUAUCUGUGAUUAUUGUGACAAAUCGUUUCCAGAUAAUCCAAUUAAUCGAAGAAAUCAUCUUAAAGGUGUACAACAUCAACAAGCUCGUAAAUUACAUUAUGAUAAAUUUCUUGAUCCUAAAGAAAAACUUAGUAUAGAGAAAGCAAAGAAACCAUGUAUAACAUUUCGUAAUUCUGGUACAUGCGCUUAUGGUCCAUUGUGUAAAUAUUCUCAUAUAACUAUCGAAGAGAUUCGUAUAUUAGAAGAGAAAUCUAAUGCUGAACUUCUUGCUUCAUCUUACUUAAAUCAUUUAACAUCUGAAGUGAAUAUUGAUAAUCAAAUUAAUAUAUUAGAAUCAAAAUUAAUAUCUAGGCGUGAUAAACAAUCAAAUUCUGGAUCAACUCAACAAUUUCAUAUUCCAGAAGGAAUACAACUAUUAUAUCUACCUCCGUCAUUGUCUUUACAUUAAAUAUUCCAGAUAGAUGCCUGAUUUUAUCUUUCAAAGGAUUUGUGUAUAUCGAAAAUUCAUUUGAGGAUUCCACGUGUUUCUCUAGUGAGGUUUUAAUUUAUAGACAAACCAAUCAGAUUUCAAAUAGCGAGUUAUAGAUUUUGGCAUCAACUUCUGACUUCUCACACUAAUUCAUAAACCUAUUUAGACCUUUUUAAGUUGGUGCAACUUCUCAAGGUCACUAUGACAUCACUCAAAGGUUGUCCAUAAAUUCUAACUCCACUUUAUGGGGCUUCUCUGACGGUUAAAGGAUUUUUGUAUAUUUACGCUAUGGAAAAUAAAGUACUUAUUACUUUUUAGGCUGUUUGGCCUAUUA